UACAGAUAGAAGAGGAACAAAGCAAGAAGUUAACUAACAACAUGAAAUUGCUCAUCUGCCUCACAGUAACACUGGGGACACUUGUCACGGGACUAGAUACUGUUCAUAGCAAGAAGCACUACAAGCUAUCAUAUAAACACAGACUAUAUGACAAGGAAUGCCACUGUUUGAAUGGAGGAACCUGCAUUACCUAUUACCUUUUCAGUGGAAUUAAUCGUUGUGUAUGCCCAGAAGGAUACACUGGGAUUCACUGUGAACUGGACACUGACAGCGCAUGCUAUAAUGAGAAUGGGGAGGACUAUAGAGGAAUGGCAACAGAAGAUGAAUGUCUGCCGUGGGACCUUCCCUCUGUAAUCAGGAGGGACCGUUACCAUGCUCACUUGAGGAAUGCUUUGCAACUUGGACUGGGCAAACACAACUACUGCAGAAACCCAAAUGGAAGAAGCAGGCCCUGGUGUUACACCAAAAAGGGAUUCACCAUUCGAGAAACACCCUGCAACAUAGAAAAGUGUGGGCCUGCAUGUGGUCAAAGGAGCAUCAGCAAGUACUUCAAGAUUGUUGGUGGAAGUCAGGCAGAGGUUGAGUCUCAGCCUUGGGUAGCUGGCAUCUUCCAAAACAUUAGGGGCGUCGAUCACUUUCUGUGUGGUGGCAGCCUCAUUGACCCUUGCUGGGUGCUUACAGCAGCACACUGUUUUCAUAAUCCGUCAAAAAGGCCACAAAACAAACCCGUGUACAAAGUGUUCCUUGGGAAGUCCGUUCUGAAUGUUACUGAUGAUAAGGAACAAGUGUUCAUGGUUGAUGACAUCAUCUCUCAUCCUGACUUUACAGAUGACACAGGUGGCAAUGAGAAUGAUAUUGCUUUGUUAAGGAUAAGAACAACUUCUGGACACUGUGCAGAAGAAUCCAAAUAUGUCAGGACUGUCUGCUUGCCAGAGAAGAACCUUUACUUACGAGAUAAUACCCGGUGUGAAAUAGCUGGCUAUGGAAAACAGGAUUUUUAUGACAUCUUCUAUGCUCAAAGACUGAUGUCAGCCACUGUAAACUUAAUAUCACAGACAAAAUGCAAAUAUGAAUACUAUGACAAUAUCAGAGUUACUGACAACAUGGUCUGUGCUGGAGAUCCCACAUGGAUGACUGACGCAUGCAAGGGAGAUUCUGGUGGUCCCAUGGUCUGUGAGCACAAUGGCAGGAUGAUGCUUUAUGGGAUUGUCAGCUGGGGAGAUGGCUGUGCAAAGGAAAACAAGCCUGGUGUUUACACCAGAGUUACUCAAUACCUUAACUGGAUUGACUCCAAUAUGAAUGCAGUAAUUGCCAAGAGUCGUUUUCUUCCUGAACCAAAGUGACCUUUUUGCUA